CUGGUAUCGAAGAGGACUAAGUAUUUUUAAUAAUUAUUUUUAUUGUAAAUAGCGUAGGUACUAGGUAUCAUAAUAUUAAUAUGUAAUAAAUCGAAUGGUAGAGUAAUGACCGCAGAUCAAAAUAAUAGUAGAUUCCAUCCUUUCUCCUGUUGUUAAUAUUAAAGUUUAAUAAUUUUAAAGUACCUAAUAAAGCAGCUAGGUAUAUUAUAAUCUGGACACGAUAUGAAAAAGAAAUAGGGACAGGGAAAUCACUUGUCUACAGAAAUUAUUAUAACUGAAAAUGAUAAAAUGCCCAUUGUGAGGUGAACAUAAGUCCCAGAUUUACAACAAACUAAAAGAUGAUUUUUAUUUUUAUUUGAAAUUCUACAUUGUUACAAUAAUUUUGAAUAUGUUAUUAUUUUCUCAGUUACUGUUAUAGGUGUAUACAGGUUUUAUCGUGCUACUCGCUAAAACAAAAUGUCGACACUUAUCAGUCCUGACUUAGGUUUCCCUUCUGGAUACUAUUAUCACAAAUAUUUAUCAUUAUUGUUUAACCAGAUCUAUUAUCUACCUACCUAUAUUACCUAUAAAGAAUUUAAACGUUUGUGUAUGAUAAGAGAAUAGUGAUCUGUGAUACUAACCUACUAUGAUUUAACGUGAUUUUUAAACUUUAACAUUCAAGUUUACACUUUAUUCAUUGGCAUACCUUUAAGUUGUAUGUAAAUUAAAUAAAUCAAACUGUUAUGCCAAACCGCCAGUGCUGUGUUUUAUCGAUUCGGUUAAAACGAGUACAACGAACAGCCAAACUUAAAACUUUUUAACACCUCACAAGACAAACACAGUACCAUCGAAAACAUGGAGAAAGUGCCAACAAUUAAAAUAGAAGAAGAUGAAACUAAAUAUUGUUUCUAUAGUUCUAUGAUAGAAAUAGUGGAGGAUUAUACUAACAUAGACUAUUCAAAUGAUAUAAAGACCCAUCACAUUGAGAAUUCUUAUAAUUGUAAUUUGAAGGCCCUAAAGGACUGUCCUAAAGAAAAGGUCAAGAAAAAUAAAUACAGUGUUAUGAAAAAGAGCAAUGAGACAAAAGUUAAACUCAAACUAGAUGAAGAUGAGAGCAUUAAACGGAUAGAAGAAGUUAUAAUAAAGCAAGAUGACGAAGAUGAUAUUUCAGAAUUAUGCUUUGAGUCUGAUAAUAAAAACAAUAAUAAAAUUGUUGAAAUCGAAAUAAUGAAAUACAACGAAUAUGGCUUAAGUACUGUGAUAGAAAGAAUAUCAAAUGAUUAUGUUGAAGAAAUUGUAAUUUUGGGUUUGCAAGAUAUCCAAGACUAUACAAACAAAACGAAGCCGAAUAAUUUUCAAAAGUCAAAAAACAGCAGCAGUUUGACUUCAGCUCAAAACAUUGCUCGUGAUAAAGGCCAUGAAAAGUCUUACAGUAUUAAUGGACUGAUUGACAAAAUGAUUAUGCCCAUUGUAGUAACAAAUAGGAAUAACCAGAAAGAAUUAGUUGAAAAUCAUCAAAUUCCAACAAAAUCAAUGAAGAAAGUUUUAAACAAAACGCAGUUGUUCAAUACAAAGCUGUAUAAUUUUCAAAAGUCAUAUAACAGCACAAGUCUGACUUCAGCUCAGAACGUUGCUCAUGAUGAAGUCUACGAAAAGCCUUACAGUAUUAAUGGACCGACCAACGAGGCGAUUAUGCCAAAUAAAACAAAUGAAAAUUACCUGAAAGAAUCGGUUGAAAAUGAUCAGAUUCCAACAAAAUCAACCGACAAAGUUUUAAACGAUACACAGUUGUUCAAUACAAUGCCGUAUAUUUUUCAAAAGUCAUAUAACAGCAGCAGUUUGACUUCAGCUCAGAAUGUUGUUAUUGAUAAAGUCUAUGAAAAGUCUUACAGUAUUAAUGGACCCAGCGAUGAGGCGAUUAUGCCAAUUGAAACAAAUGGCAAUUACCAAAAAGAAUCACUUGAAAAUCAUCAUAUUCCAACAAAAUCAACCGACAAAGUUUUAAACGAAGCACAGUCGUUUGUGUGCAACAUGUGCCAAAAAUCUUUUAACGCCAGAAAGCAAAUAAUUCGUCACUUUGAAGUAUCUCAUAACAUAAAUCCAGUUGUUAAAAAUACACUCCAAAAAGGAAAACAAAAUUUACCAAAAAGUAAAAAUCCUAACCGGAAGAGGGGAGGGAUCAAGAGAAAAAACGGCAGACUACUCCAUGAGUGUGCAUUGUGUUUGAAGUCUUUUUCAACAAAGUCCAAUCUGGUACGACACAAAGGCAUGCACUCUAAUGGAAAAACAAAAGCCUACAAAUGUAAGAUAUGCACUAAGUGUAUUUCAACGCGCCAUGGUCUUAUUCAACACGAACGGAUACACACUGGAGAGAAACCUUAUACGUGUAGCUUGUGCUCGAGGUCAUUUAGGGUAAAAUCCAGUCUUGUUUUACAUGAACGUGUGCACACCGGUAAGAAAUCUUUUACAUAUAAAAAAUUCAAGUGUGACGUGUGUUUGAAGUCUUUUACUUCGAAACAAUAUCUGGACAUGCAUAAACUCAGGCAUGCCGGUAAUUAUAAGUACAUAUGUGAAGUUUGCUCAAUGCCUGCUUGGUCGAAAUCCCAUCUUGUGAUACACAGACGCGUGCACACGGGCGAAAAGCCCUACAAAUGCGACGUUUGCCUGAAAUGUUUUAUGUUGAAACGCGGUCUGGCAUUACACAAACAGAUACAUACUAGAGAAAAUCGUUUCAAAUGCAACGUUUGCUCUAAGUCUUUUGUUCAUGAACACAGUUUGAAGUUUCACAAAAUUGUGCAUACUGGAGAAUAUCCCUUCAAAUGUGACGUUUGCUCUAAGUCUUUUAUUUAUGAAAGCUCUUUGAGGGAUCACGAAAGUGUGCAUACUGGUAAGCUCUACAACUGUGAAGUGUGCAUAAAAUCUUUUAACACCAAAUAUAAAUUAAGAGUACAUAAACGUGUGCAUACCGGUUAUAAACCAUAUCAGUGUGACGUGUGUUGGACGUCUUUUACGUCGAAAUCCUAUAUGCAGGUGCACAAACUCAAACAAAUAUGCCGAUGAGUAUCGGUACAAGUGUGACAUUUGUUCGGUACCCCUUUGGUCAAAAGCGCAUCUUGUGCGACACAGAUGCGUGCACACGGGCGAAAAGCCAUACAAAAGUGGUGUAUGAUUUAAGGUAUUUUGUUAAAAAUCCACUCUGACCACUCAUAAAUGCACGUAUACUCGUUAAAAAACCCACCGAACUUUUAUGUAUUGUAUUUGUUUAAUACAUAUUCUGUAGCAGUUAUAUGUUUAUUUAUAUUUUUGUUUUUUACUCAAUACUGUUUUAGAAUUUGGUUAGUAUUUUAUAUUCAAUACUCUUUAGUUUGAAGAUCAGUCUGUAUAUUUAUUUUUCCUAUUAUAUAAUACAUUUUUUUUUUAAAUGUUAAUUUUUUCAUUUUUAUAAUUCAACAGUUAUAAAUGUGUGAUUUUACCAUUUCAAUAAAAUUGUUGUUUUAAAACAGUUUAUGUCAACAUUGCAGCAUCGGUCUAAAAUCGGGGAUGGGCC